GGCGUGCCGGGAUCGUACCCGAUCUGACCCAAGUCAUCGAUUCAUUUUGUUUAAUUUUUCCAAAUCGAAAACUCGCCUACCAACCUUAACAGUCAAGCUCAAGCCCACCGUCGUCACCGCCUCGCGUCGCGGACACACCAACAUUUCUCCAACCCUCUAUAACUUCUCUCUUCUCGCCUCACUACCACUCAGAAAACUUUCCUCUACUCUUUUCAAGAUUGAAGGGUAUUAUGAUAGCUGGGUGUAGACAGUGGCAGAUAUGUGGAUCAUAUAGGUAUUUCCAGCUCUUGUAGUAUUGGUUCUUUAUCUAGAAGAGGUCUAUUUAACCACCACCAACUUGGUAGCAGCUAUGCUACCCACUGGAGCAAAGGAUUCCCAACUUCGUGAGAGCAACAGCCAGAAGGUUCACCCACAACCAAUGGAAGAGGCUAUGAAUCAGAACCCAGAAGCUGUCGAGGCCCUGAUAUCCAAGAUUUUUACCAACAUUUCUUCCCUGAAGUCAGCUUACAUCCAACUUCAAGCAGCUCAUACUCCUUACAACCCUGAUAAAAUUCAAACUGCCGAUAAGCUUGUAAUAUCUGAACUGAAGAACUUGUCUGAACUCAAACACUUUUACAGAGAGAACAAUCCCAAGCCAGUAUGUGUUUCACCACAGGAUUCUCGAUUGGCUGCUGAGAUCCAAGAACAACAGAGCCUGCUGAAGACCUAUGAGGUUAUGGUUAAGAAGUUCCAGUCUGAAAUUCAGAAUAAAGAUUCUGAGAUCCUUCAGAUGCAACGGCAAAUUGAGGAGGCAAACCAGAAGCGAGUAAAGCUGGAAAAGAAUCUCAAGCUCAGGGGAUUGUUGUCAAAAGAUUCUGAAGGUUCGGCAGAUGAGAAUGGAUUUUUCCAUGUGGAUCUAACUCCUGAUCUUUUCAUGUCAUACGUAGAAGCUACCUUUAAAGCUAUUCAUGAUUUUUCUAAACCGUUGAUCAACAUGAUGAAAGCUGCGGGGUGGGACCUCGAUGCUGCAGCUAACUCAAUUGAACCCAAUGUUGUUUAUGCGAAAAGGGCUCACAAGAAAUAUGCAUUUGAAUCCAAUAUUUGCCAACAAAUGUUCAGUGGCUUUCAGCAGGAAAGCUUUGCCAUGAAAGUAGAUGAUCUUACUCUCACAAAGGACAGCUUCUUCAACCAAUUUCUUGCAUUAAGGGAGAUGGAUCCACUUGACAUGCUUGGUCAAAGUCCAGAUUCGGUGUUUGGGAGGUUUUGCCGGAGCAAAUACCUAGUAGUGGUUCACCAGAAGAUGGAGGCUUCUUUUUUUGGGAACAUGGAUCAACGGAAUUAUGUCACGGGAGGCGGGCAUCCAAGGACUCCUUUCUACCAGGCAUUUCUAAAACUGGCCAAGGCAGUCUGGCUUUUGCAUAGGUUGGCUUAUUCUUUUGAUCCCAGUGUUAAGGUCUUCCAAGUGAAGAGAGGAAGUGAAUUCUCCGAGGUUUAUAUGGAAAGUGUUGUGAAGAAUUUGAUAAUAGAUGAAAAUGACCCAAAACCUAAGGUGGGACUCAUGGUUAUGCCUGGUUUCUCGAUUGGUGGGAGUGUGAUUCAGAGUCGAGUAUAUCUCUCGGGCAUGAAGGUUGCUGAAUAACUUCCCAACCUUACAAUGUCAAAUGCAAACGUGUACUUGGUGUGUUUACUACUGUUUUGUUUCUUUUACUGUAACAUCUCGUAGCUGCUGGUUGUGUAAUCUGUAACUUUUAUUCCUGUCCUGUUUGUGAGAUGGAAGGAUUGUUUUAUAUAUCUACUUCAUUCUAUCUUA